AUGGCUCGCUGGGUGCCCCUCGCGGCACUGCUGCUACUCGUCUCAGUCGACGCCGCGCGCAAACCGGCCCCGCCGCGCACUGAGCCGCAGAUCGAGGAGGUCACCUCCAAGCAGCUGGAACGGGUGCUGGAGGACAAGGACUACGUGGCCGUGUUCUGGUAUGCGAGAAGCUGUGUCACAUGUGACAGAGUUCUAGAAGAAUUAGAGAAGAUAGAUGACGAUACGGACACAUUUGGCGUCGACUUUGUUAAAAUAAACGACAAGAGGCUCGCGAAACAGUAUGGCAUUACGAAAUUCCCCGCCCUCACGUAUUUCCGUGAGAAGGAACCGAUUAUAUACGAAGGAGAUCUCAUGGACGAGGAGAGCGUCUUGGAUUUCCUGACGAGUUUAGAGGCAAUGGACCUUCCAGACCGGAUAGAAGAGGUUAAUCAGAAAAUUUUAGACAAAAUUGUUGAAGACACAGAAUACGUAGCCGUUCUCUUCUGUCCUGAUCACAAAAAUUGCGGUCCGAUGAACAAUAAGCCUGAAUGCAAGAAAUGUGCUAAAGCUCUUCAAGAGCUGGAGAACAUUGACGAUGAGGCCGAUCAACUCGGUAUUGGUUUCGUUAAGAUCCAUGAUGAAGAAUUAGCCGAAGAGUACAGUCUUGGAGACUUGCCAAGAUUGGUCUACUACAGGCAUCAAAUACCUAUUAUAUAUGAAGGUGAAUUGAGUAAGGAGGAAGAUGUUUUGGAAUGGCUCAUUGCGAACAAGUCGACUGGGGACGAAGAGGAUGUCAUCGAGGAUGUCACUGCUAAAACAUUGAAUACACUAAUAGGAAAUGUUGACAAUUUGGUUGUUCUAUUUUACGAUCACGGCGACGAAGAUUCAAUGACCGUGCUGGGAGAGUUGGAAAAAAUUGAUGACGAUUGUGACAGACAUGGAAUCCAAUUCGUUAAAAUCGAUGAUCCAAAAGCCGCGGUUGAAUUCGGGAUUGAUGAUCUUCCCUCUUUAGUAUACUUCGAAAAGCAGAUCCCCAAUGUCUACGAUGGUGAACUAGAAAAUGAAGAAGAAAUUUUGGAGUGGUUAGUAGAUCAGCUAGAAAAGGACGAAAUUGAAGAUGUUACAGAUGAAAUGCUUGAUCGCCUUAUUAAAGAUGGAAAGACUGUAGCUGUGCUGUUUUAUGAUAACAAUGACCGAAAAUCUCAAAAAGUCUUAAAUGAGUUGGAAAAUAUUGAUGACGAAUGUGAUCAGCUAGGCAUUGCUUUUGUUAAGAUUGACAAUGACGAAGAAGCUAAAGAAUAUGGCAUUGAAAAAGUACCAACGUUACUUUACUUUGAAAAGGGAAUACCAACAUAUUAUGAAGGCAAUUUAGAAGAAGAAGAAAAAGUCCUUGCUUGGCUUAAACAUCAAACAGAAAGUGACGAAAUCGAAGAUAUUACAGACGAAAUGCUUGACCUCAUCAUCGAGAAAAUGCCUUACGUCGCAGUUCUAUUCUAUGACAAGGACCAUAAAAAGAGUCAGAAAAUCUUGGCUGAGUUAGAAAAUAUUGAUGAUGAAUGCGAUCAGAAUGAUAUUGCCUUCGUCAAAAUCGAUGACGAUAAAGAAGCUAAAGAGUACGGUAUUGAGACUAUACCAACGAUGGUAUUCUUUGAAAAAGGAAUUCCUCACAUCUACGAGGGAGACCUCAUGAAGGAAGAAGAGCUCUUAGGAUGGUUGGUCCAUCAGAAGAGACACAGUGAAAUACCCGAGGUUACGGAUGAAAUGAUGGACAAACUCAUUGAUACCGCAAAAUACUUAGCUGUGAUCUUCUAUGAUAAAGAAGACAAACAGGAUAUCAGAAUUCUCAAUGAAUUAGAAAACAUUGAUGAUGAAUUAGAGAAAGAAGGAAUCGUCAUUGUGCGUAUCGAUAAUGAAGCUGAAGCAAAAGAGUACGGAAUCGAUCAUCUGCCCACUUUGGUAUACUUUGAGGAAAAUAUUCCAGCUAUUUACGAAGGAGAUCUUAUGAACGAAGAUGAAGUUCUGGAAUGGCUCAUUGAACAAAAAAACAGCGCUACUAUUGAAGAAGUUACCGACGAAAUAUUAGCUGACCUCAUUGAAGAACAUGAAUACGUAGUCGUUUACUUUAGUGGCAACUGUGAAGAUGGAGAUGAAUGUGAUAAUAUAUUAGAAGAACUGGAGAACAUUGAUGAUGAGCUGGAUGAAACCGGUAUAAUAUUUGUCACGACAGAGGACGUCACUCUAGCCAAGAAAUAUGGAAUCAAGACCUUCCCCACACUUGUGUUCUUUAGAAAUAAAGAGCCACUUAUAUUCAAAGGUGACAUUGAAGACGAAGAUGAAGUCCUCGCGUGGUUAACUGACGAAAAUACUCUUGAAAUUCCGGGAAAAAUUGAAGAAGUCAAUGCUAAAAUGCUUGAGAAGAUCUUAGAGGAGAAUGAACAUAUUGUAGUCUUCUUCUAUAAGGAAAAUGAUAAAAAGUCUCAGAAAAUAUUGAGCGAACUGGAAAAUAUCGACGACGAAUGUGAAGAACAGGACAUAGACUUCGUUAAAACUUCCGACGAGGGAAUUGAUAAGGAAUAUGACCUUCCUGACUUACCGGCAUUAGCUUUCUACAGACACAAAUUCAGAACUAUCUACGACGGAGACCUAAUGCAUGAAGAAGCCAUUCUUAAAUGGGUAUUGGAACUUCAUACUUCCCAUCCUGAUGUAAUUGAAAAUGUGGACAGAAAAACUUUGAAAGAUCUGAUUGACGAUGUUGAACAUUUAGCGGUAUUUUUCUAUAAUGACAACUGUGACACGUGCGAGGAAAUAUUGGAAGAAUUGGAAACGAUUGACGACGACACCGAUAAACAUGGAAUUCAAUUUGUUAAAUCUAAAGAUUCAAAAUUAGCAUCUGACAUUGGAAUUUUCAGUUUUCCCGCUCUAGUUUACUACGAAACUGGAGUACCAAUAAUGUAUGACGGUGACUUAAAGAACGAAAAUAAGGUUCUCCAGUGGCUUGUAGAUCAAAAAAGUGAAGAUAGCCACCAACAAAAUAAACCUAAUCCUAAAUCCAAGGCCAAUGCAGAUGGUGAACGGAAGUCGAAAUUCAUGGCAAGAAACUCAGAUAUAGCAAAGGAAGCCUUAGCGAAGAAAUUAGGAAGUUCAAGGCUUAAUCGAGAAUUAGAAGUUAACAAAAAAAGCCACGAAGGCAAGUUGACCCAUAACGAAGAUGACGACGAUGACGAUAAUGAUAGUGAUGACGAUGAUGGUCAUUAUAGUAUCUUAGGUUCAAUUAAAAAAAAACUAUCUUUAUUUAAAAAUCCAGUAAAAGAAAAAGUAACAGUCCGAUUUCCUAAAACAGUAAAUAAAUUCAACAGACCUAAAACUAUAAAUAAUGUUGGAGAUGACAAUGAUGAUGAUGACGAUGACGAUGACAAUAACAAUGACGAUGACGAUGACGACAAUGAUAAUGAUGAUGAUGAUGACGAUGAUGACGAUGAUGACGACGAUGACGACGAUGACGAUGAUGACGACGAUGACGAUGACGACGAUGAUGAUGAUGACGAUGAAGACGAUGACAGCGAAUAUGAUGACAAAAGUAACAAAUUAAAAAAGUAUUCUAACAAUAUACGUCAAAGAGUAGGUAAGGCACGCAAAAAUGAUAAAAAUAGUGACAGCAAGGAUGACGAUGAUGAUGAUGACGAUGAUGACGAUGAUGAUGACGAAGACGAUGAUGACGAUGAUGAUGAUGAUGAUGACGAUGAUGAUGAUGCAGGAAAUGAGGAUGAUGAUGAUGAUGAUGAUGAUGAUGAUGAUGAUGACGAUGAUGAUGAUGAUGGUGAUAGUGGUGAUGAGGGGGGAGGCAUUUUCAAUAGGAUUAAGAAAAUGAUAACAGGCGAUCGCUGUUUCUACAUUGGAUUGGGGACGAAACCGGCUAUUCCAAAAAUCACGUACGAACCCUACCAGUGCUGUCCCACUAAAGUUCAGAGCCCAACUAAAGUAGCGAAGGCGACCCCGACCAAGGUUCCAGCUAAGAAACUCGAAAAGGAAAGAAACCCCGGCCCUGAGAAACCAAUUAAGGGCAAAAACAAGGCACUUGCUAAGCCGGAAAAAGCAGGCAAAGGAAAAAAAGGAAACUUAUUGGAUGAAACUGAAGUUUUGGAUUGGAUGGUUAAACAAAAAGAAGAUGAAAGUAUUGAAGAAAUUGAUAGAAAUAGAUUAUCAAAGUAUAUAGAGACAAAAGAAUUUUUAGCAGUUGUUUUUUACAAGGAAGAGGAUCCUCUAAGUCCAAGAAUUUUAAGACACGUAGAAUUAAUUGACGACGAAGCCGCAGAAUAUGGUAUUAAGAUCGUGAAAUGUAGUGAUCGUCUUAUGGCAAAGAAAUAUGGUUUUCGAAACCCCCCGGGAAUAACAUACUUUAGGAAAACUAAAUACAUCAAUUACGACGGGGACAUGGAUGAUGAAGAAGAGAUAUUGGACUGGUUAACAAAUCCCGAAAAUAUGGAACUCACGGAUCAUAUAGAAAAAGUUAAUAAAAAAAUGUUCCAAAAGAUUAGACAAACGUCGGAUUACGUUGCCGUUUUCUUUUACAGUAAUGACUGCAAACAAUGUCCAAAAGUACUGUUAGAAAUUGAGCACAUUGAUGAUGAUGCUGAUGCGGCCGGCAUAAACUUUGUCAAAAUAAACGACUGGCAGAUGGCGAAGGAGUUUGGAGUUUUUGCAUUGCCAGCCGUCUUGUUUUUCAAGUUGGGUUCUAAAGAUCCAGUCAUAUAUGCUGGUGAUCUCUAUGAUGGCCAGCAAUUACUUAGUUGGCUGCUGACUCAGAAAAACCCAGCAGGAGACAUAAUAGAAGCAUUGGAAGGACAAGAGUUACUGGAUCUCAUCAGCGACUCUGGUUCUUUAGCAGUGUACUUCUGGAAUAGAACAUUAUGUGAACUAUGCAGUCUUAAAUCCUCGCAACCAAAAAAGCCAAAAAAGAGUUUUAGAGAAAACGAGGACGAAGAGUUACAGGAAAUAGCCUUUGAUUCCCUCGAUUGUGAGCAAUGUUCUGGAAUAUUGGAAGAAUUAGAAAAUAUUGACGAUGACUGUGAUAGGCACGGAAUCAAAUUUGUCAAAACACAAGAUUACUCGAUUUCCGAAUCAUAUGGAGUGACCGAUUUUCCUGUCCUUGUAUACUUCGAGAAUAAUGUACCAAAUGUUUAUGAGGGUUCUUUAGCUGAAGAAGAAGAAGUGCUUCAAUGGCUUAUCACACAGAAGACAGAAGAUCGUAUUGAGUUAAUUACUAGAGUAAUGCUUGAGAAAAUGGUUGAAGAAACUCAGUAUUUAGCAGUAUACUUCUAUAAACUCAACUGCCACAUUUGUGACCAUAUUCUAGAGGAAUUAGAAAAGAUUGACGAUGAAUGUGACGUAUAUGGCAUACAUAUGGUUAAAAUUCAGGACCCUCAACUUGCGAAGAGAUAUUCAAUUAAAACUUUUCCAGCUAUGGUGUAUUUCAGAAACGGAAAUCCGCUCCUAUUCGAAGGUGACCUACAAAAUGAAGAAUCUAUUCUUGAAUGGCUUAUAGACGAUGAUAAUCGUGAACUUGCGGACGAAAUUGAAUCCGUCAAUGACCGAAUGCUCGAACGUUUGUUAUACGAGUCCCAUUUACUAGCUGUAUUUUUCUACGAUGAAGAAGAUUGUCCAGAAUGUCAGGACAUUUUGGAAGCUUUGGAACAAAUCGAUGGAGAGGUUGACCAGUACGGUAUCGACUUUGUAAAGAUUGCCAGCCCUGAAGCAGCAGCUGCCCACAAUAUAAUAAAUAUACCUUCCUUGGUAUAUUUCCGGAAAAGAGUACCAAUGUUAUAUGAUGGGGACUUACAUCAAGUGGAUAGAGUAUUACAGUGGUUAACAUCUCAAGAUGUUUUCGAAAUAAAGAAUGAAAUCGAAGAAGUAAACAGGAAAAUGCUCGAUAAAUUAUUGGAAGAAAACGAAUUCCUCGCCGUUUAUUUCUAUGAAAACUCUGUCGAAAGCCGUAUAGUUUUGGAUAAACUAGAGAACAUUGAUAGCGAGACGGACAAUUUAGAUAUUACUUUUGUUAAAAUGCAUGAUCCCCGGUAUGCAAGAAAGUGGGGUGUCACUAAAUUGCCUGCCAUCGUGUACUUUAGGAAACGAUUUCCAAGUAUUUACAGAGGUGAAAUUAUGGCUGAAGAGGAAGUUCUUGAAUGGUUGAGGAAGAAUAGAUUUAGGCAGCCGGAGCUUAACAUAUUUAUGUAUGCUUUGAUAGCCUUAUCAAUAGCGUUUGUUAUGUAUACCGCAUUUUUGCUGCAGUGUUUCAAACCUUCGCCUCAAACACAGACGCAGCAUCCAAAACAAGCGUGA